ACCCGGGCCAGCCCAAUUGUGUUCGCCCGCUCCGCAGAGGAAGUCGCCGCGAUGUCCGAGACCGCUCCCACCGCCGCUCCUGAUGCGCCCGCGCCCGGCGCCAAGGCCGCCGCCAAGAAGCCGAAGAAGGCGGCGAGCGGCUCCAAAGCCCGCAAGCCCGCGGGGCCCAGCGUCACCGAGCUGAUCACCAAGGCCGUGUCCGCCUCCAAGGAGCGCAAGGGGCUCUCCCUGGCCGCGCUCAAGAAGGCGCUGGCCGCCGGCGGCUACGAUGUGGAGAAGAACAACAGCCGCAUCAAGCUGGGGCUCAAGAGCCUCGUCAGCAAGGGCACCCUGGUGCAGACCAAGGGCACCGGCGCCUCCGGCUCUUUCCGCCUCAGUAAGAAGCCCGGAGAGGUGAAGGAAAAAGCGCCCAAGAAAAGGGUGCCUGCAGCUAAGCCCAAGAAGCCGGCGGCUAAGAAGCCCGCCAGCGCCGCCAAGAAGCCCAAGAAAGCGGCAGCAGUGAAGAAGAGCCCCAAGAAGGCGAAGAAGCCGGCAGCCGCAGCGGCCAAGAAAGCGGCCAAGAGCCCAAAGAAAGCUGCAAAGGCAGGCCGCCCCAAGAAGGCAGCGAAGAGCCCGGCUAAAGCGAAAGCGGUGAAGCCCAAAGCGGCCAAACCCAAAGCGGCCAAACCCAAAGCGGCCAAGGCAAAGAAGGCGGCGCCAAAAAAGAAGUAGAUUUCACCAGAAGAGUUUUGUUCUACAUAUUUUGUUAUCCAACGGCUCUUUUAAGAGCCACCCACACUUUCCCUAAAGGAGCUGAUGCACCGGGGUCGUCCUUCAGCCAAGGGUCCAGCAAUUCGUAAGUCGUCAAGAGGUCAAUUGUGUCUUGUGUUUUUUGUUCCCUAGGAUUGCCUAAAGAAAUACUAAAGAACGCGGUAGUGCGCAGCGGCUUUAGGGAAGUGUAGACUUGUUUUUCCUCCGAGUGAUUACUUUUGACUACGAGAAACAAUGUUUUGUAAUGAUUUGAUAAAAAAAAAAUCGGAUGUAUGUGUUUUUAAAGUUAUAUUUUGUAACAAAAUAAUGCAAUUGUCAGGAACGCUA